AUGCCUCUCCGUAUCUCGAAAACGAGGCGUGUCAGUCAGCCCAGGGCGGUGAAGAGCGUCGAGGCUCUGACAAGCAGCCGUAAAUCAGAGCCGAUUGCCGUCGUCGGCGUGGGCUGCCGUUUUGCACCAGAUGUGAGGUCGGCAGAGGGUUUUUGGGAAGUUUUAUGCGCCCGGAGUCUUCUCGGCACGCAACGAUGCCACGCUGAGGCUCUGGACCCACAGGAGCGGCUCGAGCUUGAGGUUGCGUUCGAAGCGUUGGAAAACGCUGGAGUUCCGCUCACGAGCGAGGGAUUAGCUGGUGCGGCUUUUUGCGGACCUGGCAAUGGCCAACACGUGCAGACGUUGUCUCGUGCUUUUGGUCUUUGCCGCCCCGGAUCUUCCGCUGGCUGCGGCCUGGCUGCGCUGCAGCUUGCAUGCCAACGCAUCUGUAGCGGCAAUGUCGAGGUUGCGCUCGUCACUGCGGCAAACCUGGUCUCACGGGAUGCUCCAUCUCCCAACGGUUCGUCGCCAGCGGAAUCGGACCAAGAACAGGAUGCCGCCGAAGGUGCGGUUGCUAUUGUGCUCAAGCCACUCGAAGCUGCCUUGCGCCAAGGUGACUCGAUCCGCGCCGUAAUCCGCGAAAGCGCGAGCGCCAAAGGCUGCGAGGCGUGCGACCUGGAGGCGUUGAUCAGGUCAUGCUACGAGAGAGCCGGGCUUGAUCCGCUCGACACAGCAUAUGUCGAGGCCCAGGAGGCGUGCGGCGAUUCUGUCGAAAGUACGGCAAUCAAGGCGGUUUUUGGAGGAAGCAACAAAGCAUUAUCGGUUGUGUCGGUUGGGUCUGAUCUCGGCCGGCUGCAAGCAGUCUCGGGCCUCGCAGCCGUCGUCAGGAUCAUCAUGGCGUUCGAGAAAGGCCUUGUCUCGCAGGCAUCAGCAGAGAAGCAGCGGCCUUCCAGAGCGUCGAUAAACGGCUACGGCGGCGACAGCCCCAGUGUGCACAUGAUCCUAGAGCAAUGCGACCCUUUGCUACGCCAGCAGCGACGUUUUGCGGCCGACUCGUCCGAGCCCGAGUCCCGUGUCGUCAUUCCAUACAGCGCGAAGAGCGAGAACAGCGCCCGACGUGGCCUCAGUGACUUGAGCGACUUCGUCAGACGGAAGCUGGACAGCGGAGCCGACCUCGACCUGCGCGAUCUGGCUCUUACACUCUCCCGCCGACGGACGCGAUUCGCAUGGACGGCUGCCUUGUCGGUGCGGUCCAAAGAGGAGUUGGUGGCCCUUCUGGACGCGGGCGUACGGCCGACUGCUGCGCGGCGCCCACCCCGUCUUGGCUUCGCCUUCAGCGGCGAUACUGCCCAUUGGCAUGCAAUAGGGAGAGAGCUGGUCGCCGUGUACCCGGCGUAUGCAGCGAGUCUGGAGGAGUCGCAGAGAUGCCUCCGGGAUCUGGGUGCCGAGUGGAAUCUAUUUGACAAAAUAGCCGGCUCGGUGGGACAGAACAACCCAGACUUCAUCUAUCCUCUCCGCUGUGCGCUGCAGAUAGCCCUGGUCCAGCUGCUGGCCGACUGGGGAGUGCGUCCGGACGCCGUGACAAGCCACUCGAGCGGCGAGAUUGCAGCAGCAUUCUGUGCCGGCGCGCUGAACCAGCGCGACGCCAUUGCCAUUGCCUUCUUCCGCGGCCAGCUUGUUGCUGCCGCGGGCCGCUCAACAAGCGUGAAAGAAGGCAGCCUGACGGUCGGCCUGGGCCUGGAGGGGCUGCAGCGCUACUUGGUCGGCCCGUCGCCUCUACGGCUCUCGGUUGCAAGCAUCAACAGCCCUUCCAGCGUCACGCUCAGAGGCCAUCUGCGCGACUUGUCAGCCCUGCUGUCAAAGCUUGCCGUUCUCGGCCUCUCGGUGGGAGAUCUGCAAGUGGGAGGGUUCCAUCACUCUGGCGACGCACACGCCGUGGCAGCCGCCUAUCUCGCCGUGGUGCGCCAGCAUACCGGCGCGCCAGCCGCAAUGAACGGCAUGCUGUACACGUCGCCCGUCACGGGUGCACGCAUCGCAAACGAAAACAGCAUCAGUGCCGAACAUUGGAUGUGCAGUCUGAUGGCACCCGGUCUGUUCAUGCACGCGUUGCAGACAAUGAUCGUGAGCCCCGACGCGGUGAGUGCUCUCGUCGAAAUAGGCCCAGCCAACUCUCUUGCCGGCUUCGUCAAGCAGUCGAUCGAGGGCAUCAACAGCCCGGAUAUACACGUCUCGUACGCAUCGUGCCUCAGCGUGCGCCGCAGCGGCGUGGAAACGAUGCAAGCCCUGGCCUGCUUCCUGCACACCAAGGGCAUUCCAGUGGAUUUUGAAAGAGUGAAUGCGUCCCGCGGCCGAUGCGCUGCAAGGCUGCUGCACGACCUCCCCCCCUAUCCAUGGGACCACGGCAGCGCCGAGCUGCUCGGCAUCCCUAGCUUCGUCAAGACGAUCCCAGCACCCGAGCUUCACACCUGGACCUUCCCGCUUGGCGCGCCUCUGCUCAUGGCCAUCGAGGCCAUGCGGGAGCUGUAUCAGACCCGAGGCGUGCCGGUCGCUGGCUUCGAGCUGCGGGACGUCGAGCUGCUGCAGCCGCCCUGCCCCCACACACUGUCAGGCGAGGUCCAGGUCACACUGUGGCCCCAGUCUGUCUGUGCGCGACACGUCUUCAAGGUCCGGCUUUGCACGCCUGGCCGAGAGACCAGAGAGUACCUGCGGGGCUACAUAGCCAUGCGCAAGCCGCCGGACGGCUCUCGCAGUGACUCUCGGCCGAUCGAGGUUGGUGGCGAUCGGUCUCCGGUCGAGAUGAGGAUUGUUAGCUUCACGCCCUCGAUGCUUGCGGCGGCUCAGAGGCAGCUCAGCAUCCAUCCCGCCACGAUCGAGGAAGCAAUUCAACUGGCCUGCAGCCGCGUCAUGACCUUUGCGGGCGACGGCGCCGCAGAAGUGCCGAGCUUCAUUGAGAAGAUGUCGAUUGGAUGCCCCCUAGGCGGAUUGCAGGGCCGGCUGCUUCGCGGCUGUGUCCUAGUCCGCAGUCAAGGCACGCGGGGAUACGAGGCUUCUAUCGAGCUCGGCGAGAACGAUGACGACGACGCACUUCUUUGCAUCAAGAACGCGCAUUUCCCGCCUGCACCCAAAGCGGCACCCCGCCGCAAAGCCGUGCAUCCGGUCACCUGGGUCUCGAGCUUAGCUGCAACGUCGAGUCAGGGGCUCCAAUAUCUCUUGUGGCUGCCGCCCAACGAACACGAUAUCGCAAGGAUUGGCAAUCUGACACGAGCGGCCUACCACAUCAUCUGCGACACGCUCGACCAGCUCACUCCCGACGAGAUAGGCCGGAUGCCAUGGCACAGCCGGAGCCUAGUGCACUGGAUGAAGGGCGUGGUGCACCAGGCAUCAUGUGAUGCGCUUGCUGCUACGAGCUCCGAAUGGGCGAGGACGGACAACGUCGCCAAGGAGAUGAUAUUCAAGCGGGCAGCCUGCAGCUGUGUUGACGGAGAGCUGCUCACCCGCCUGGGCGCGAGCCUCGCUGGGAUUCUUUCCGGGCACGUCGACCCAAUAUCCAUCUUGGUUGAAGAUGGGCUUCUCACCAGGUACUACAGCCAGUCGCUCAGGGGCCAGCGGACUGCCUCGCAAGUCCAACGCGUCCUGCAGCUGUUUGCCGUCCAAACACCGGGCGCACGCAUUCUGGAGAUCGGAGCCGGGACCGGCGCCCUCACGCGUGUCUGUUUGCCUUCUUUGGAUGCACGGGUGCACUACGACUUCACUGACAUAUGUCCAGAGCUGUUCAGCAUGACGAGAGAGCAACUCGGCCCGGUGGCCGCAUCUCUGGCUUUCCGAACGCUCGACAUCGAAGCAGACCUGGCGCAGCAGUCCUUUGAGCCGGCGUCCUACGACUUGAUCAUUGCCAACCAAUCUCUACACACUGUCCAUGACCUUGACGCAGCCAUGCAAAACGUGCGCAAGCUUUUGAAGCCGGGCGGCAGGCUGCUCGCAGUCGAGACGACUAGACCGACGCCCGACAUCAAGCUCACGUUCGGGAUCCUCCCGAACUGGUGGCUUAGUAAGGAGCAAGAACGCAGAGACUGCCCCAUGAUGUCUCUGAACGCGUGGGAAAACACGCUAAGGUUCCACGGUUUUUCGGGCUUGGACUUCCACACGCACGACUUCGACGACUUUUCGUUGAGAUCGGCAACAGUGAUGCUUUCCACAGCCAUCGGAAGCCGCGCUUUCCGAUAUUGGCCUUUCUGUUCCAUCAUCCACGUCGGCUCCUCUGCCCCGCCUGCCUGGCUGCAACAGUUGGCCGUCAGGAUCGAGGAGCUUACCGGCUAUCUGCCGGCCGUCGAGUUGCUUGAGCCGCGCUUCAACGCAGCCAGCAAAGUCUGUCUGUUUGUGGGGGCGUUGGAGGAGGGCGUUGGCGAGGCAACCGCCGCGACCGUGGCAGACUUUGUUGGCACCUCGAAAGGUCUGCUUUGGCUCUCGCAUGGAGGAGCCACCAUCACACCACCCUCUGGCCACGACGGUGACCAGUUCCUGUCGCACGCAAAGCUGCUACGUUCUUGCAGCCGCUCCUCCGAUUCUUCCGCCAGCAAACGCAUUGUUGCGCUCGACAUCGACCCAGAAGACCCUCCAUGGUCGCCGGAAAGCAUAGAGACUAUCGCCAGGAUCUAUUCCAUCGCCUUCGACUACGAAGUCCCCGGUCCCAUAGACGAUGAGUUUGUGCAGAGGGGAUUGCAGGUCCUGGUCCCACGAAUUCCGCCAGGUUCGAGCGAUGUGCCCGGAAGCCGUGACUGA